AUCUUCACUGCGGAGUACCGUCACCGUCGUUGUCGUAUCUGAUCUCCUUUCUACCCACUUUCUCCUACUCCUUUCUUUAGUCUUGAUCGACGACUUUUCUUGCUAUUACCUUCGUUUUGAUGUUCCCCUGCUUCUCACUUGCCUUCUUUCAAUUCUUUCAGUUCUGAUAUGGAAGCACUUCAGAUGGUUCUCAUUCUUCUCCAACCCCACGCUCUGCGUUUAAGCCGCUUCCUCUUCUUUGUCGGAAUUUUGCUAUCAUGCUUGGCCUUUCACUGUAAUGAAGCGUGUGAUGUUUUCAGCUGUGGGGAUUACAGUUUGGAUUUUCCAUUUGGUCUGUUUGGCAGCGGCUGCGGUGACCCUAAGCUUCAGGUAAAGUGUGAUAAUGCAACGAAGAUGCCUCUAAUUACUAUCGGUGGCUACCAAUACUACAUACGGGAGCCCCACAUUUUCUCCCCGGCAGCAGUGGUACCAGACUCUUACCCUACCAUGAUGAUAUUAUUCAAGCAAUUUGAGCAAGAUGCAUGCAAUUUCUCAGAUAGCGUCUAUGAUCAAUUCUGGAGUGCCAAACAAUUCCAUAUUGUAGAUGGAUACGCAAAUAUAACACUGUCAACAUUUUGCACUGGGUCGUAUGGAGAACCGUACUCGCCCAAUUUGAUGUGUAAUGAACAUAAAUACUAUAAUGACAGUCUUCCAGGUUCGAACAUAGUUUGUGAAUCGGACUUCAGGAUUGCCGUGAAUGAAACUGACUUAAAAUUGGGAAAACGUCUGCCUCAGAUUACUGGCGAAGGGAUCAAUAUAACGUGGUAUGCUAGCAAAGAUUGUGAGGAUUGCGAGACAGAUUCCAGAAACUGCACUCAUCUAAUAAGCUCAUCUUUCUGCUAUUGCGAUGCUAUGUCCUAUUCACAAUGCUCCAGUGGAAAGUCGAGUAAGAAUGCCAUUAUUUUAGGUUCAUCCAUUGGAGGCGGCGUUGCUCUGGCAGCAGCAGUACUAGUCCUGUUUUUAUUCUUUCGUGUGAAGAGAAGAAAGCAAUUCGCUACCAGGGACCUUCCUAAUGAUUUUAGAAAACAUAAAGGAAACGACAUGGAAGGGGGUCAGCAGAGGCAUAUGAUUGGCAAUUUGCCAAUUUUUUCAUUUGAAGAACUUCAACAGGCCACAGAUUUCUUCGACGAAAAGAACGAACUUGGAGAUGGAGGGUUUGGUGCUGUCUAUUUGGGGAAACUCAUUGACGGACGAAUGGUAGCAGUAAAGAAGCUUUAUCAGCAAAAUUCUAGAAGGAUUGAUCAAUUUGUCAAUGAGGUAGAGAUCUUUGCCAAUAUGAAUCAUCCCAACCUUGUUCGUCUUUAUGGCUGUACUGAGCCAAAUAGUCCAGUGCUGCUGCUUGUUUACGAGUUCCUGCCGAAUGGAACCCUAGCCGACCAUCUUCACGGCAGCAGAAAAAGGCCUAACGGUUUGCCUUGGGGAGUUCGUCUAAACAUUGCCAUAGAUACUGCCCAAGCCUUAGCCUACCUACACAGUAUCAAUCCCCCUGUUUUUCACAGAGACGUAAAAUCCACCAAUAUUCUCUUAGAUGAAUAUUUCAGGGCAAAAGUUGCAGAUUUUGGCCUUUCCAGAUUGGUGCCUGUGGAUGUCUCACACGUUACCACUGCUCCACAAGGCACGCCCGGGUAUGUUGAUCCUGAAUACCAUGAAUGCUUUCAGCUCACAGAAAAGUCUGAUGUUUACAGCUUUGGGGUUGUAUUGGUGGAGCUUAUAUCUGCUAAAUUAGCCGUGGAUGUGACAAGAAAAAGAAAUGAGAUCAGCCUCGCUAUCAUGGCAGUGAACAAGAUAAAAAUUGGAGCUUUGCAAGAACUGGUAGAUCCUGAUUUGGGGAUUGAGGCGAAUCCUGAGGUGAAGGACAUGGUUAGUGCGGUCGCUGAAUUGGCAUUCAAUUGCCUUGCAAACAACAGGGAUAUCAGACCAGACAUGAGGGAGGUUACAUCUCGUCUUGAGCAAAUCAAAGAGUUGCAUAUAAAGUAUCUCCAAGAACAGCCACACUCAUUCAGCAAGCAAUCCAUCAAGUCCAACGGUGUGGCGCUGCCACCAUCCCCUACUUCUGUACAGGAAAGAUGGCCCAGCAUCACCUCCGACAAAAGUCCCUAAUUUCUUUUUGUACAGUUUUUGUUGCAAGUCCGAUUGUCAAUUUCAAACAAAUGUAGGGUAAUCUAAGCUAUUGAUUACUCUCAUUUUUUGGUUUUCCA